CAGAAACGUCAGUUUUCGGACAACCUGCAAGAAGGAAACAUCAUGGCGUCGGGAUCGGGAGAGCAGUCCACUGGACACGAUGCAGAAUUGGAUGAAUUAUUGGACAGUGCGUUGGAUGACUUCGACAAGCCGGCUGCCCCUCCGGCCCCUGAACCUGGAGCUCCUUCCUCCUCAGCCAACAGUGGAGCAGAGAAGCCGCCUCUGCUUGAGGACUGCAAGCUGUUUGAGGCUCUCUUCGAGGGGGACAUGGCUGCCCAAGCCAAGGAGGAGUGGGAGAAAGCCAUGACUGAGCUGGCCCAGGAGGAGCCAGACCUACUCCAGCACUUUCAAAAACUGUCUGAAGCUGCAGGCAAAGUUGGCACUGACACCGCCUCCCAACAAGAAUUCACUUCCUGUCUUAAAGAAACCCUCCGUGGCCUGGCUAAAAACGCAGACAACCUGCAGUCCACAGGACUAGCUGGAGACGAUCUUGUCAAGGCUCUAGAAGGCCUGGGAUUGGAUGAGAGCGGUGAAGGGGGUGGUGAAGAAGGAAACAUCCUGCCCAUCAUGCAGUCCAUCAUGCAGAACCUUCUCUCUAAGGAAGUGCUUUAUCCAUCUCUCAAAGAGAUAACUACCAAGUACCCAGAGUGGUUGGAUGCCAACAAGCCUGGCCUUAGCUCAGAGGACUACCAGCGCUAUGAGCAGCAGUCCAAAAUCAUGGGAGAAAUCUGUAAGCACUUUGAGAAGGAGGAAGAAGCAGCCGGAGAUAAAGAGAGCAAGUUCGAGAACAUCAUGGACCUGAUGCAACAGCUACAAGACCUGGGCCAACCACCGAAAGAGCUAGCAGGAGAUGCGCCUCCCGGCUUUAACUUCGACAUGGAGUCCCUCAAUCUCCCAGGAGGCACUGGGGCCGGGGCGGCGGAGCAGUGCUCCAUCAUGUGAUGAGGUGACAGGGCGGUCCAUCAGAGUCACCGGGGGCGAGGAUCACUCUGUGUGCGUCAGCGACAGGGAGAGAGUGAUGGAAGGGUGACAGAGUGUGAAGCAAAGGUCAGACGGGAGUGUGACCAGACCGUCGACACCGUUUUCCCUCAAAGUAGAAGCCGUGUGGAGGAGGAGGAGGAGGAGGAGGAGGCAGGAAAUAAAAACCACCAGGAACCACACAUACACACACAAACACACUCUCUUCUGUCUAAAAUCACCGAACGCACAACUGAGAUUUUAACAUCUCCGCGUUAAUUUGUAAACGGUUGCCACAGCUUCUACACGGUUUGAUUGUUAACUGCAUUCCUUUUGAAAUGGAAAAAAAAAGACUUUCUCCAAGUUUUUUUUUACAAUACUGUUUAGCCUCAUGGUGAAAUCUGUCAAACCACUUCACGGGUAUAAACGGUGCCUUUGCAACUGCACUCUUAAGUUAUUAUUUUAGGCCUCAUCAUAAGGUGGAAGUUCUGCUAUCCUUCAGCUAAACACGCAAGAUUGUAGUUUUAAAGUGGUGUGAAUUUGCAAUAUUAUGACAUCCCUGGUUUACACCAAGCUAGUGAUCCGUUAAUGUAGUUAUUUCAUUCAAUUUUAACACUCACCUGUCUCUGCACAGGCUGUACAGGAGUUGACUUAACGAGUUAAUGAUUUAUUAACGUGUAAAGAAACUGGAAAAAAAAGAGAGUAAAGUAAAAAAAGGAGUGUAAGUUUGUUAAUAUUUAAAGAAUUAAAAAAAAGAUUAGUGAGCAUUGAACGCCUCAUGAGAGGUUCCCAGCACCUACUGUAAUUCAACCAGCUAAUGUUUCCAUUCCCCGAGUGAUAACCCCCCAAUUCCCAGGUAUUGAUUUGAAGUGAUUGAGAUGAUGAUUUCCGGAUGCCUUUGCUGUGGUUACAGUGAUCAUUAUAGUUUAGAGUUACUGUGCAAAGUGCUUCCCCUUGUGAUUCCCAGUGUUUUUUUUAAUGUGCAGAGUGAUGUUUUCUCUAAUUAUGGGGUCCCUGUUGGGGAAGAUAAACACUUCCAGGAGUGUUUACUGUCUGAUAGCAUGUAUGUACUUUGGUACCUUCUAUUAAAAGUACAUCAUGUGUCCUUGCAGAGAAAAACAUGUUGCCAGCGGAAAGGUUGACCACUUAACACAUCACAUUGUAUCAGAUUAGUUGAGAAACGUGUCCAUAAUUCAUGCAGAUGCACUGUUGGGUAAGACAAAACAGCCUGAUGUUAGCACAUUUUGCCUGUAGUUGUUUGUUUACUCCAGCAGCCACUUUUCACCGGAUGCUCUUUCCAGUAGACAAAGGUUUAACCACCGCGACUAUAGAGACAGGUCUAGAAAUCAUGCAGCAUAGCAGCUGGUCAUCAGCACAUCGGUAACUGUAAAAUAAAGGGGUACUGAAAGGAUUCAGUCAGCCAUGCACUGAAAAGAGAUCAGAUUUACAUCACAUGCAGCUGAAGCUGCUGUGGAGGUCCCUGUGGUUUUCAUCAUGGUGGGAUGCGAUCUAUUCAACUCUCAGGGCCGACACAAACAGGCCCAGAGCAGUGGUUAAAAAAUAAAAAAAAUGUGACCUGUUAUUGACACUAUUUUUUUUUUUUGUUUGUUGUACUUUGUAAAUAUAUCAAAUAAAAGAAUUCUAUAAUGCAAAUUAA